UGAAAACCAUUAAUUGGUCCCCACUUCCGGUUAUUGCAAAAGUUCCCGAAAUCAUAGAUCUUUUUGCAAACUUUUCGAGUUUUUCGCGUAUCCAUUAGUUUGCUCAUAACCUCCACCCAUAACUGCGCCCAUUAUGUCUCGAGUAAAGCAGCCUGCAAACCAGAAACGCCUGACAAACGUUGCAACUGUUCGACUAAAGAAGGGUGGUAAGCGAUUCGAGAUAGCCUGCUACCCAAAUAAGGUGACGUCCUGGAGAAAUAAAGUGGAAACUGAUAUUGAUGAAGUUCUUCAGACUCACACUGUCUUCACCAAUGUAUCUAAAGGAGAAGUUGCUAAGACUGAUGACUUGAAGAAGAUCUUUGGAAUAGAUAACCAUUCAGAGAUAUGUCUACAGAUUCUUGCCAAGGGAGAAAUGCAGGUGACAGAGAAAGAGAGACAGGCACAACUAGAAUCAAUGUUUCGUGACAUUGCUACGAUCGUGUCUGACAAGUGUGUAAAUCCAGAGACUAAACGCCCUUACACUGUGACAAUGAUUGAGAAAGGCAUGAGGGACUUGCAUGUGUCUGUGAAACCUUCUAAAGGAACAAAACAACAGGCUUUGGAAGUGAUAAAACAACUGACUGAGUCUGACACGAUGAAGAUCCAGCGAGCAUUCAUGCGUAUUCGGCUGACAAUACCUGCACGAGAGGGAAAGAAGCUGAGAACCAAAAUACUAAAGCUUGCUGUUAAAGUGGAAGAAGAUGAGUUCGGGGAGGAGCUGGAAAUGGUCAUUCAGAUUGACCCUGGAUGUUAUCGUGAGAUCGAUGAGCUGAUCCGCACAGAGACGAAAGGUCGAGGUCAGCUGGAGGUCAUCAACUUGAAGGAGGUUGAGGAGGGUGAUGAAAAGCUGGAGUAGCUACAAAAUUGUUCUGUUCUCCAUGUUCCCGACCCACUGCCUUACUUCAUGAUAUGGCGGAUCUUCAUCCAGAGGCAAAACGUCUUUUAAUCAAAGUUAUAGUUUUGAGUGAAGGAUUCACUUACCAUGAAGUGCUAUUGAAUGAUCAUGUGUAAAAGUGUUGCAGUCUA